CAUCAAACCACGGUUUUGGAGUCGAACCCACUGCAAGCACUGUCCAUUCUUCUGCUAAAUCAGGUCUGUUGUUAUCCGGCCAUUUCUGUUCCUUUGAUUUGGAGGAGGACAUUGUUCGACAGGCCUCAGUCCACCAUGGCCAUCUCCCGCGCUGCACUGCUCCUCCUUGUCCUCCUCCCACUGGCAUCCGCGCAACCCUACCCAAAAUGUCCACUCACGGGGAAACUCCCCAAACCCGCAAAGGUCAUCCACACGCGAUGCCCGGCCGCGGCAAAACUUUCGUGCUGCCAGGACUGCUUCGACCUUAACUACGCGAUUCGCGCGCUGGCUACUAAUGUGACGUCGGUCGUUGACGCGAACACGGGUGGUAUGGGGACCCAGCUCGGCGUGCCGGCCGACGUGUGCGGGCUGUUCAAGGGCUCGGAGACGUGCGAAUUGCUGGUUGAGCAAUUCGUGUGCGCCGUCAGCUGCAAUCCUGACUCGGGCAACUACUUCAGCAAGGCCAGCGGCGCGCCCAUCCUCAACGUCUGCUCCGCCUUCGCGCAGCAGGUCUACGACGCGUGCGGCAGCCUCUCGCUGGGCGAGCUCAAGGUGGGCGAUUUCCUCUUCACGCCCGCGGAUCUGAUUCAGUCCGUGCUCGUCCCCGUUAUAGGCUCCGCCGUUCCCAACUUCAACGCCACCAUCAGUGACGUGGGUUGCUACGGCGGCCCCGAGCAGGUUCCCGCCACGCCGCUCUGCUGCGAUCCGCUCAAUGUCCCCCGCAAGUGCCCCAAGGGCGCGGUCAACCUCACCAACACGGCGGACAUCAUCGGGCGCAAGCCCGCCGCCGCCAUCUGCGCGGACUUCCCCUACUCCGUCACCACCGUGCCCUUCAAGCGCGCGCCCCUCCCCGCCACCGCCGCGCCGGAGCUUCCGCCCACCGCCCCCGCCACCCCCGGCGGGGGGAAGGACAAGCCCAACACACUCGCGGGUCCCCCGACCGACGACACUCCCGCUGGUUCCGCCACCCCCGACAGACCCGCCAGGUCCGCGGGCCUUCCUGCGACCGCGAUGGCUCCUCCUGGCGUGAAGGGCGCUGCAUCGAAUCUGGUUUCGGCUGGCUUGAUGCUCCUCGCCGGUGUCGUGGCUGCCGCCCUCUAGAUGAAGCUGCUAAUAAAGGGAAUGGACAGCGUAGCAGUAGGAGAAUCUCUAUGAUAAGGAGGGCUGCUCAGCCCCAUGGUAUGUAGGGUACAGCAUUCUACAUACGGUAGUGUUAUGUUACGCAAUACGUAAUGUGGUAGGGGAAUUUCCAGCGUUCAAUAUACCCGCUGUUGGGCACUAACAGCGCAUACAGGAGGGCUCACAAGGCCUCUCAGGCUCUGCUGUUGUUUAUAUCGAAUGUUCAUAUACUGAAAUAAUCCCGCAAACCUCAC